ACAACAACAAACGUGAAAAUUGAGUAAAUGCCUCUCCCUGAAUAAAUGCCUCUCGUCAGUACCAAGUCAAGCAGCAGGAGUUAAUGUCGUAAUAAUUAUCAUUUUUUAUAUUGAUGUACGCGAUGUAUGGAACAUGGUUAGUUCUCCUUAUACUUUCCCAAACUCAUGGAUAUUGUAUGUGCCAAAAUCGUACCACAAACUUCAGACCCAACAUUGUGAUGGUGAUGUCCGAUGCAUUUGAUGGGCGGCUGACCUUUGACCCUGGGAGUAGGGUGGUCCAGUUACCAUACUUAAACUAUCUCCGGGAGCUAGGCACUGUCUUCCUCAAUGCCUACACCAAUUCUCCAAUCUGUUGCCCCUCAAGAGCAGCUAUGUGGAGUGGUCGCUUUGCCCAUUUAACUGAGUCCUGGAAUAAUUAUAAGUGCCUGGACCCCAAUGCCACAACGUGGAUGGACAUGCUCCAACAGAAUGGCUAUAACACCUUGAGUGUUGGGAAGCUGGACUAUACUUCAGGAAGCCACUCUGUCAGUAAUCGUGUGGAGGCAUGGACGCGAGAUGUGCCUUUCCUUCUGCGGCAAGAGGGCCGGCCGGUGACAGACCUGGUUGGGGACGCGUCCACAAUGAGAGUUAUGACCAAGGACUGGAGAACCACGGACAUUACCACCCAGUGGAUCCGCCACAAAGCUGCAGCUCUCUCCCAGCCUUUCGCCCUCUACCUGGGCCUGAACCUGCCACACCCCUACGUCACAGACUCCUUGGGGCCCAACGCUGGGGGGUCCACCUUCCGCACAUCUCCUUACUGGCUCGAAAAGGUGAUGCCUGAAUUAAUCUCUGUUCCAAAAUGGCUGCCGUUGUCUGACAUGCACCCUGUGGACUACUACUCCACCUUCACCAAGAACUGCAGUGGGAACUUCACAGAGCAGGAGGUCAGAAAGAUACGGGCCUUCUACUACGCUAUGUGUGCCGAAACAGAUGCCAUGCUGGGCCAGGUGAUCUCAGCUCUGCGGGACACAGGCUUGCUGGACACCACAGUGCUGCUCUUCACGUCUGACCACGGCGACCUGGCCAUGGAGCACCGACAGUUCUACAAGAUGUCCAUGUUUGAGGGCAGCUCCCAUGUCCCCCUGCUCAUCAUGGGGCCUGGGGUGAAGUCUGGCCUGCGGCUGAGUCAGCCAGUGUCCUUGGUGGACAUCUAUCCCACUGUGCUGGAGAUGGCAGGCGUAGCAGUGCCAGGUGGCCUUAGUGGUCAUUCACUCCUGCCUUUGCUGUCUCAGUCUGCUGCCCGGCCCGCACGGACUCGCCCAGACUGGGUAUUGAGUGAAUACCACGGUUGCAAUGCUAACGCCUCCACCUAUAUGUUGAGGGAGGGCCGGUGGAAGUACAUUACCUACGCAGAUGGUGUGAGUGUCCCCCCGCAGCUAUUCGACCUAACGGUGGAAAAAGAGGAGCUUCACAAUGUGGCGUCCAAAUUCCCUGAUGUGUGUCGUCACCUGGACAAGCUGCUGCGCAGCGUAGUAGACUACCCUCAAGUCUCUCAGGCAAUCCGUCUCUACAAUAAGCAACAGUUUGCUGCAUGGCGAAAGAGUCUUGGUGACAAUUAUACCCAAGUCAUUGCAAACCUGCGUUGGCAUCUGGACUGGCAAGAGGAUGUGGAGAACAAUGAGAAAGCCAUCAAUGAGUGGCUCAUGACAUCUGGGUUCUCUUCUGAAAAGCUCAAAUUAUCAGUGUUUUAACUGGCCUGCUGUAUUAGAAAAGCACCAAAAUAAAGAUGUUAUGCCAAACAUGACUACCAAUAACUGCACAAUCCACAACAGUGCUGCAAACUAAAAUUAUAAUUCUGGUCAAAAUGUGAGAAAGCGCACCCCCAUAGUUAAAGCGUAAUUAUAAUUCACUUGUUUCUUUGUUUAUUUACUCUGGUAAGAUUGUGGGCGGCAGGUACAGUAGUGUUGGGCUAGGAACCGAAAGGUCGCUGGUUUGAAUACCCGAGGUGACGUGGUGACAAAUCUGUCGAUGUGCCCUUAAGCAAGACACUUAAUUUAUGUCAGUGCUCCAGUGGCGCUAUACUACUAUGGAUGACCCUGUAAAACAAUACAUUUCACUGCACCUAUCCGGUGUAUGUGACAAUGAAACAUAAAAGAAAUAGAUUGUAUGUCUGGUA